AUGGAAGAGGUCGGCGACAAUGCGGGGACGCCUGGCAGCGGACUGCCGGGCCCGGCACAACCUCCGCACGCCCCUCCAGCUGGAGAGGGCGCUGCGGGUGCCAACUCGGGCUCAGGCGGAGGCGCCGGUGAAGCGCGCGGCGAGCGCACGUCUUCUGGCGGCGUCAAUCAAGUUGAUGGCGACGUCGAGAUGUCCAGCGCUGACGGCAAGGACGAUCCCUCGCACAGCAAGGCGCCGUCGGAGGCGUCUGACAAUAACAGCGACGAACACAGUGGGCGCAUCCUGAAGACCGAGGGCGACACGAUGGAAGAGUGUCUGGCAGCCAAGCAACGCAGCAUUCCUGAGCGAGUCCUGUCCGUGGUCGAGGCGCUCAACAUGCCUGCGGGUAGCGGCCUUCCGGCGUGA